CUCGUGCACAGUGCUGUGUAUUCAGGGUAUAAACGUUGCUACAACGGGAGGAGACGUUGCCAGGACUCUUUCACGGAUAACGGUUUGUAACUAUGUUUGCUCCACACGAAGGAGGGCGCGUCUGCUGACAUGACCUCAAGAGGUUAGAGGGAAGGGGAGGAGAAGGGUGUGCAGACGAGGCGGCAAGACAUUUGAAGCUUGAGAAUGAAUAACAACUUCGUGUGACACACUUUUCCCUGCACGCCUCUCCCUCUUUUCACACAACACGCAAAACUGAAGACCCUGUCUCAUUAUGUAUGACACGGCAGAGGCCGCAGAAAACUGACAAGAAGAGAGGAUAAAGGGGAAAAGAAGAGGGAAUGCUAGGGAAUGAGGAUGAGGGUGGAGUGGAAGGUUGGAAGGUAACAGGUGCCCCUAUAUCUCUUCCUUUCCUUCAACUCCCUCAGCACGAUUGUAAAAGAAGGCGAGAAUCGCAAAUGGUCUUCGGCCAAACCUUAUUGCAAACUUUAUACAGGGUACCAAUGACUGUAUACAGGGUACCGAUGACUGAACAGGGUAUCGAUGACUGUACAGGGUACCAAUGACUGUGUACAGGGUACCGAUGCUCCGCUACGCUACAGGUAAGACGUGAUUGACAGGUAGCGACAGGUGAAAAUGUACCAAAAUGGAAAAGAAUGGUCGGUUGCCUUAAUAAGCCGCAGAUAUUUUUGUGGUUUUUCUUCCCUGAAGAGUGUCCCAAAUGAUAUGCAGCGGUUUGGCAAUCUCGCCCGCAGCACGCGACAGACCCGCCACGGCUGACAUGCUUGCACCCAGAACUUGGGCUCGCGCUGCCGGCCACCCCGGGCUGUCACCCGCUCAGUAAGCGCCGAGUGGAAAGAGGAAGUCAAAGUGGACGUUGUCGCUGGAAGUUGUAGCAAUGACAUAGUGCAAGCCGGGGUGAAAUAACUCCUCCGUCAUCUGCACCCCCAACCUGCAACCCAUCCACCCAUCCAGCCAGCCACAUACAAAGCAUUUAUCUUUUCUGGCCUUCUCGUCACUUCUCAGCAAAGCUGGGGCAUCCGGCGAGCAGAUUCCUAAUGACGGCAAUAAGGAUUGGAUCCAGGGAACAUCAAAGGGAAAGUUAACUCUCGUCUAAAGAGCGGUUGCAGGUGAAACCUUCGUGCACUCUUCGUCAUGGGUGACUGGCUGUGACACACGGUGCUGUGACGGGCAGGAAGGAAGAACAUCAGUGACGUCGCCAACCGCUCACAACAUUCACAUAGCUUUAAGCAAGAGACGUUUCCAAUAUACAACAACUAAGAAUGGGACUUCCUCCCCUCCCAAACCAAAUAUUAACACUUUCGUUGCAGUGUGCCUGGUAGUGUGUCCAGUCCAGCGGUUGCCGUUGAAUGCUGUUCGAAAGAGCAUUUCCACCACGGUUCGAAGGACAUCUGAGGAAACGACCAACGGGUGCGACACAGGACUGCGGUAGGAUGUUGUGACAGACAUCGGGAGUAUAACAUCCUCAUGUGUGUCGGGCAGGUCUGAGAAACAAAAAUUCACACGGCAGCCUCAGAAUACAAGUCCGGGGUGUGUACUCCUCUCAAGAACAUGCUUGGACGUCCAAAUGGGGGGCUGCGUAGGUAGGUUACUUGCAUUUUGUUGUUGUUGUUGACAUGUUGAAAUUAACUUUCUGAAAUGAUACCAGGUACCUUCCAUCUUGUCUCCACUCCUGUCAAAAUGUACAUCCUCUUGCUCUGACCGAGAUAACACAAGCACAUACUCCCUCCAUCGACGGGCAACACCGCCAUCGUCAGGGCGCACGCACACUCACGCACUCACUCGCUGGUGUCUGUCUCACUGUACUUCUCCACGAAUCGUUGUCAGCAGCCGAAGGAGCUCCACACACGUCCACGAUGACUUGUCUUCUCUUCUGUUCCAGACGAACCCUAACUUCUUCCCUCGGGUUCUGAUAGCAGGAGAGACGGAUCGCUUUGUGGUGACCGUAUCGAAUGGUGGUCGGCAGAUAUCCUGCGAUAUUUACGGACGCAGCAGAGAAACAGGUUGUACCAGGGCAGAGCACAACAAGAGGGGAGCCGAGACCAGACUGGUCCAACGAGUUUUUCGUCUGUCCAGAAAUGAGCGCCCAACCUUGCACUGCGGCACUUUCGGCGUUACCAACAACACAGGAGAACUUCAAGGAUGACGAUGGUGGAAUGCCAUCAGUCGUCGACCAGGUGGAGACGGCGACCGCCGCAUCUCCGUCCUCCAAACCGUCCCCGGCCGUUAACGGUAGCAGCCCACGUGUUUCCUCUCCGUCUGCGUCUGCCUCGGGUGAGCUGAAGGGAGGACCUGUCGACGGUCCACCCGAUAACGUCGGGGCUUUCUUUGGCCACCCGCUCACCAGAGCCACGAUCGCCAUCAAUGGCGAGGACCAAGGGGCGCAGGCCGAGGCGCUGUUCCACGAGUACAUCAACCUCCCGGCCAUCGACAAAGAUGGCUACAAGAUCUGCGACAAGCUGGCGUCAAUCAUCAGAUGCGCGGAAAGUCGAGAGAAAAACCUGGAGACUGGAAAUAACGUGAAUGACUAUCUCAACAUACUGCUGCACACCGACGAGUGGCAGGUGCCCAUUGAGUACGGAGAGGUCAGCAUGAGCAGCGGUGACCCGCAUGACAACACUGCGGACAACGCUGGCGUCAGAGUGAAAAGUGAACCCGACUCUCAGAAACCUGGAGGUUGUCAACGACUUCAAAAGAGUGUUUCGGCCUACGAGUUGCGAAGGGGAGUGGUGUGUCGGGCCAGUCCCGCCAAGCCGCCUGCACACGCGGUAGCUCCGCUGUCGAGAAGUGAAAGCGAGGCUGGGGGUGAACCACCACCGGAGCGACUUCAUCCCCAACUAGGGCCACGUUACCCCGAGUAUUCGACUUCAGCAUCCGAUGCCAACGGCCUGGAGGACGGCAGCAGUUGUUUACCUGCUCACAGCCUGCAGCGGACGACGCAGGUGAACGGUUCAGGGGGAGGUCAUUCGAGGACUCAAAAAAGGUUGCAGGCCUCGCUGACCGUCACGGCAUCUGUUGUGCACUCGGCUGCGGCAUCUGACCUCUUGCAACGCAGUCGCUGCGUCUUGGCUUCAUCGUCCCCUCCGUCUGUACGGCUGGGGGCGGAGGCGGUACCUGCGUCAAGCCGACCCCCCGCGCGGCCGGCACGCGGGUCAACAAGGGGAACAAAUCGGCUCGUGGUGGCCAGUCGAGGGGGGCGGGGGAGGAGGCGGAGGCUCCAGCGCAGGAGGGGCAAGACGGCACGGUGCUCGUUCAUCACAGCAUCAGUGAUGGCAGCACUCAAUACAACAGCAGCAGCAACAACAACAACAUUAACCCUACUGCGACUCAUCCUAGCGUCACCUCCAUCACCGCCACUCCCAGCCCGCCCUCAGCCGCUGCAGCCAUAAACACUUGCUCUUCGGUCCACGUCACAGCA